AAGGCAGCAGUGGCCUGGGAGCCCAGUAAGCCUUUGGUGAUUGAGGAGAUAGAGGUGGCCCCGCCCCAGGCCAACGAGGUCCGCAUCAAGGUAGCCUGCCCUGCACCAUCUGUGGGCCAGUGGCAUCGCUCUCUUGUCUCCUUCCAUCUUUCAGGUAUCAGCACUGGCAAGAGUUGAGUGACUACAGCAGGUCAUCAGAUGGGCACCCUCCCUUUUGAUGUUUCAUCAAAUUAAGCCCAUGACACAUCAGGAGGACUUGACAGCAGAUCCAGCGUCCUGGGUCUACCCCUGCUGACCACCACCCCACUCUAUGCUGUUGGGACUUCGACAGGUUGGCUCUGCCACCUCACCUCCCACUGAAUCCAAAUCCAACGGAACGCUGCCUCCGCCUGCCUGGUGAUGUUGCUUACCAGCCGCUUCCUGGCCACACCUUCGAUUCCCAGCCGUCCAAGUGUUCUCCAGAGUGACUGCCCAGCGAAGCCCCUGCAGCCGACUUCUACUGAUUGUGGCAACUGCGGUAUGCCACACAGACCUGUAUCACCUUUAUGAGAGUAUGCCCAAAGAUGGCUUCCCAGUAGUCCUUGGCCAUGAGGGAGCUGGAAUCGUAGAGAGCGUGGGGCCUGGAGUCACUGAAUAUCAGCCAGGAGACCAUGUUAUCCCUCUGACCAUUGCCCAGUGUAGAAAAUGCCGCUUCUGUAAGAGUCCAAAGACCAACCAGUGUGACAAUGGAUGGCCGGCACCCCCGGACAGGUUUACCUGCAAGGGAAAGAAGGUGUUGCAGUUUGUGGGUACCAGUACCUUCUCUGAGUACACUGUGGUUAACCAGAUGGCUGUGGCUAAGAUCGACCCCGCUGCCCCUCUGGACAAAGUCUGUCUCAUCGGCUGUGGAAUCUGCACAGGAUAUGGAGCAGCAGUUAACAAUGCAAAGGUGGAACCGGGCUCCACAUGUGCUGUGUUUGGCCUGGGAGCUGUGGGUUUGGCUGCAGUCAUGGGCUGCCAGGCUGCAGGAGCCAAGAGAAUUAUUGCUGUUGACAUCAAUCCAGAGAAGUUUGAGAAGGCAAAAGUGUUUGGCGCGACUGACUUCGUGAACCCCAAGGAUCACGGUAAACCCAUCAGUGAAGUGCUGUCUGAGAUGACUGAUGGAGGAGUGGACUACUCCCUGGAAUGUACCGGGAAUGUGGAAGUCAUGCGCAGUGCCUUGGAGUCCUGUGUGAAAGGUUGGGGUGUCAGCGUGAUUGUUGGCUGGACAGAAUUAGAAGACUUUUCAGCCCGACCCCUUCAGCUAAUUGCUGGACGCACAUGGAAGGGCUCUGUGUUUGGAGGCUUUAAGGGCCGGGAUGACGUGCCUCAGAUGGUUAAAGCCUACCUGGACAAGAAGAUAAAACUGGAUGAAUUCAUCACUCACAACAUGACUUUGGACCAGAUCAAUAAUGCCAUUGAACUGAUGAAGCACGGCAAAUGCAUCCGGGCAGUCCUGAGUGUUUCUUCUCAAUAAGACCACUAUCUUGCCUUCAUUGAUCCUAAAGUUAAUAAAUAAGUCAUCACUCCGUCCACUGGCCCAGAACAGAAUUUUCACUGAGUGGUGCCAACCAAAGGUGGCGAAUUCUAGUUUGGGUUUUUGCAGAAGGCUGUAUCUCGGGCUGUCAUUUCAACAUGAUAAUGCCUCCCAUGUGGUUGCUUUGUCACAAACUUGGCCUUUGACCCCAAGACUGAAGAACACUAUUUUAACAGACUAUGUCUUACAUGAAAUAAAAUUGGAGUAUUUCACAUCUUUCAUCAACUCAUUAACCAAUGAUUGUUGUUAUUAUCAUCACAAAAUAUUAUACCAGCAUACUGAUAUUCAUUCUUGAGUAUUCAUAUUCAGUAUUUACGGUAUCAUUGUCAUUAUUGUCAUCACAGACAGCCAUUUUAACAACUUCUAUCUCUGCUUUGACUACUAUAGGUUUGUAGCUUGCACUUUUUGUGGUGGUUAUCAGUUUGGAGCUUGUAAAUCCAUACAUACUUGCAGACCUUGUGCCAGGAUGACCAUUGGUGCCAGGGUUCCUUGCAUUCAGUCUUAAAGCAUACCAGUAGAGAUAAGUAAAAAGAUAUUUCUCAUCCAUUUCAGAGAAGAGCCCAAAUGUCUGGGAUUUCCUUUGGGUAUUUAUACAUCUUUGUUAUUCAAUGAUAAAAUUUAUUUGUUAUAUUUAUUAUAAACAUACAUUUGCCAUCAGUUGUCUAUCCAUGCAGAAUGGAUGCACAACUGCAUCUCUUUCUCAGCUGAUGUUUUCCAGUACACAUCAAACACCACUGCGAUUGCUGGUUCAUCCUUUAUUCAGCGCCAGGUUCAGCACAGAACCUGCAAUAUCUUGCCAUAUGUCUUGCCAUCACCUUUCAGUUUUGAAAUAGGAUCAUUUAUCAAUGAUGCGUGCAAAGUGUUCUCCAGUGUCUUCAACCACUGGUGCUGAUUUCUUUCCUCUUGCAUGAGUGGCUUUGUUAGUUUUCAACAAUGAGCCAUCUCAAUUUGAGAAUGCCUAAGGUAAUGGAUCAAGUAGAUGUUAUAGGACAUCUUUAGUGUGAAGAACUCUGUUUUUCAAAGCAAUGCUCACAUGUCCGAAGAGAUCUCAAGACCAAUGCCUUGUUUAAUGCUUGUUUUAUGCAAUCAUUUGUCAUGAUACUUGUGAGUGCCUUCAGAUUGAAUUUUGUCAUUUUGUAAUUGAGCUUGCCUGUUGGUGACUCUUUCUCACAACGUUCACUUCUGAACUUCUGAGAUGCUUACCCUUUAGUCUGUUGAGCUUGCAGCAGGUCAUUAGCUAUGUCUGGUGACACAGCAAUUCCAGUGAAACGACUGAUGAUAUCAAACUGAUCUGGACCUUGAUGGUUUACCCAGUUUUUUCUCCAUAAGCGCUACAAAGGCAUUUACAUCUGCCCGUUCCUUUUAUAUCCUGGGCCUCUGUAGAUCUUGAUGACUGAAACAGUCUGAAGAGUCGUUGCCUGUCGUGUCCCUGAGUUGCCUCAGAAACUCAUUUCUGUUUACUUAAGUGAGAUAGUAACAGGUUAAAGCUCCAGUUUUUAGGCAGGAAGCCUUGAUUCAUCUGGCAUUCUGGAUGUCCUUGUUUACAGUCUCCUAAAUUAUCUGGUCUACUGGAAUUUUAAGAGGGGGAUUGUUGCUGCUCAGUUGGACAGAAAGACCACUACAGGUUUGCCUGGACACCAAAAUGAUAAAUGUCCAGGCAAGACAUUCAAGUUUAGUAAUAUAUCAGAUAUCUGGUACAGUUCAUCUUUCAUCAUGCAAAAAUUCAUGGAACGGUGGCUCUAAUUCCUGCAAGAUGCAUGAAUAAUGAAAAGAAGAAUUGAUGAGUUCUGGAAAUGAGGCCUCUAAGGGGAGCAGGUCCUCCUCCAUGGAGCAACACCAGUGGCUCAGAACAGACAAACUCAGAGCCUGUUUAUAUUCUUGUACAUAUUUUAUAGUCCGAAAGGGAAAUUUGUGCAUUAUAAGCUUAAUUAUUGCAUAUAUUGCUACAUAGGAACUUACAAGUUCUUAUAUGGAACCUACAAACAAAGUGGUACUAAAGAAAUUCUCUCAUCAUAGGCACCAAAUUAUGGCCUUGCCCAUGAACUGUCUUUAGUAUACAAAUACUUGAAUUAUGCACA